AUGAAUGAUCUCUCAUUACACAAGGGCAGCAUCAGCAUCAGCUUCACUCACACUCACACCCGUCUGCCCGACGAACCCAACAUACAGAUCCGUCCCCAUCCUGUCCUCCGCCAGGCAGCCAACCCCUGCCCCACCCGACAUUCUCCUCACAAACUCCACAAAAUUCCUCCAGCUGUCCGCCUCGAACAGCCGCUUAUUCAUCCUCAGGUACGUAAACCCGCACAUCCUCCCACCCCCCUCCGCCACCCUGGCAAAACCCCUCGAGUCAUACCUCUCGAGCGCAUUCUCCCCGGCAAACUCCGCCACCGCCGCCGCCCGUACCUGCCGGACGAGCCCCUCCGGCGAGGCUCCGGCCCCUCCCGGCUGCUCCCCGUCCCCCAUCUCCAUGCACGUGAAGUUGAGCGCAGCUCCAUAACGAGCCAGCAUGCGCGCGAUUGGGAGGUAACCUUCUCGGCCAAGAGUAUUAUAAUAGCCGGCCGUGAGCUCGGCCGCGUGGGACCUCGUUCGGUAGUGCCAGUGAACGCCCGCGACUUUGCCCGAGAGCUUUGCUCCCGUGCCUCGGAAUAUCUGCGAGGCGGGCUCGAGAACGCGUUCGCCAUGCUCGAGCAGGCUUCGGGAGUACCAGUCGAGGAAGAAGUGGCCGUAGUCGCUGACCCAUGUGCCGUCGUGCCGGAAAAAACCGGUGUCCUCUGGGGAAUGGUUGUAGCCGCCGGAGUCGUGGGGCCCGUAAAGGCCCCACGACAUUGGAAUUCUCCGAUGCCGGGGAAUUUCCAGGUUCCGUUGCUUUCGGGAUUACCGGCUAUGGAGAUUGUGUCGAGGGGCAGCAUGACGAAAACGGGCACACUCGUUUUUGGGCUAUUGUUUCUGUGGGCCCUAUGAGGUGCUGACAUGGCGUGAAGUUUCUCUCUCUGUUCGGGUGAUUUUUCCGGGUGAAAGAUUUGAGCUUCUUGUGCCGAGUUCUUUGCGCGCAGCAGAUGGGAAGAUGGCUUGAUUGUUUGUGUGAAGCUAACCGUGCUGGGAAAAUCAAAAUCGUUGGGAGUUUUGAAACAUGUUGUUCUGUUGUCUUUUAGAUUGAUGAAUGAAGUCGAAGAACGAAGUGCUAAGGCCAUAUUUUUCUCGUUUUUUCUACUUUUGUUUGAUGGGAGAAGAAUGGAUAAAUAGAUGUAGGAAAGGAUGAAGGUUGCAGCAAGACGAGUUCUUUUAUGAAGAUAAAACUCAUGCUCGAGGACAAGUUUUGGCGGGCUCCAGUUCGAAACAGAGAAAAGAAAAAAGUGGUAAAGAUCAAACUAGUCGCUUUUGCUUAUUCAAAGGGUUCUCUUUAGAACGCGUUUAUACGUUCUCCUUCUUAGAUGUAAUGGCAUGAAGCAAAUCUUUACCGUCAAUUUUGACGCAUUCGCAUGUUAAAGUGUUUUGGUGAAAAUUUGUAAACUGAUUUUCGUGUUCGGUAAGCCAGCGCAUGGAGCCGGGUGCUUCAAGUUUUACCGUGUGUUAUUUUUCUUUACAAGCUGUG